AUGACGCUCGCCAAACUCCACAACAAUCGAGCCGUUCAAAUGCUCAACAAGGCGGCAGAAGGCAAAUACGGAGUCCUCGGCGUCGUAUCCUACAACCUCGAAACAAUCGUCGCCGUAAUAGCCGCAGCUGAAGCGAAACGAUCCCCCGUUCAGAUCCUCCUCUUCCCAUGGGCGUUGCAGUACUCGCCCCUGUUCGUUGACCUGGCGGCGAAUGCUGCGCGUAAAGCUACCGUGCCGGUCACGGUGCACAUGGACCAUGCCCAGGAUCCGGAAAUCAUCAAGAAGGCGAGCGAAAUUGUGGCGGCGGAUGGGACGCCGGCGUUUGACAGCAUCAUGGUGGAUAUGAGCCACUACGAGAAAGAGGAGAAUCUGGCUAAGACGAAAGAACUAGUAGCGCUGUGUCAUAGUAAGGGCAUCAGUACGGAAGCCGAGCCAGGACGGAUCGAGGGAGGGGAAGAUGGGGUCAAGAAUACGGCGGAGUUGGAGGGCAUGAUGACGACGGAGGAGGAGGUUGAUGAUUUUAUUGCUACGGGGAUUGAUUUUUUGGCUCCCGCGUUUGGGAAUGUCCAUGGUGAUUAUCAUGGUGUGGAGAAUAUUCAUUUGGAUUAUGAGCGCCUCUCCACAAUCCAAACCAAAUCCGCCAACCGCGUGCAAAUCGUGCUCCACGGCACCAACGAGUUCCCCCUCGACAUCAUGGCGAAGUGUAUAGGGAGAGGUGUCACGAGGAUUAAUGUGAAUAAGUUGGUGUUGAGUGAUUAUAAUGAGUAUGUGGAGAAGAAUACGGGCAAAGUGCCGUUGACGAAGUUGAUGGAGGAGGGGACACGGCUUAUACAGAGGCAGACGGAGGGGUGGAUGGAUGCUAUUGGGAGUAGUGGGAAGGCUUAG